AUGGCCGAAUACGCGGCCGCAGCAAUCACGGCUAUCACAGCGACCGCCGCCAUCGUCGGCAGCGCGGGUGCGUACAGGCAACAGGAACGGAUCUACCGAAGCUGGGGCUCGGACGAGGAUGCGCCAUGGCAACCCUGGCAGUCCCGGGAACGUCCGCCGUUCUCGAACACCCGCUCCCGCCACACGUACGGCUACUACGGCCAGCCGCUGUACCACCCACCCAGCUUCCACGAGCACUACAUCCACCACGUCGAGUGUCCGGGCGCUCAGUGCCACUACCGAGCAUUCAACCUGCGAGAGCUGUCGCGCAUCCACGCCCAGCAACCGCGCAAGAGCGCGCGCGACAAGUCCGCCGAGGCCGAGCGGCUGUACGCGUACUACGUCUCCAAGGUGCGGUCCGUCUUCGAGGACCACCGCCGCGACCACCGCCGCCUGUUCGGGCAGGACUACCUGUGCUGGGCCGCGCCCGAGCGCGAGGACCCGGCGCAGCUUCAGCUGCAGACGCACAUGCGUGAUCGCGUCGGCAGCCCGGAUGAUACCGAUAACGGCAACGGGAACGGGGGCAGGGAUGGGAGCGGCGUCGGGGUAGGGUUGAGAGAUAUAAUCCGCGGCGCGUCGGUGAUCGAGGAGGAGGGAAGGGAAGAAGGGACGGAUUGUGAGGAGGGUAGAGAGGGUAGGGAGGGUAAAGAAGGCAAAGAUGGGAAAGAGGCAAAAGAUGCUAAAGAAGGGGGAUGGAAGAGCGGGCACCGGGGGAGCAAGGGGAGCAGGAGGAAGAACCGAUCCAAAACGAAGAGCGCUUCAACAGACUGACAAACACAAACAGACAGAUAAAAACACCGGCAAAACGAAAAAAACGAGCAGACAUACGUAACUUUGGUUUUCACCCUUUAUAUUCUUUUUCCCGACAGUACUAACCCAUUAAACGCCCUCCUUGCGAAUACACCGCAAAAAAGCAAUGCCAAGUCUCAGCAUCCAGAAAAGGCGGGACGGCAAUUCCAGCAAAAAACCCAAGAGCGAACCAGAACGUGCCUAAUUAGCUGUACGUAGCUCCGGGGGUUACGUAGUAGGGUGGGAAUAAAGCAAUGGGGG